UUAGUUGGAAGAAAUAAAAACAAAUACGAAAUGGUAGCAGAGAAAAGACCCGGAAGUUGCAGUCAUGCCAUAACUUUGAAGGCAACAAUGUUAACUUCCGUGGUUAUAGCUAACGUGACAGGCAGGCGCUUUACAGGGGGAGGAGGGCAAUCCCUGCUUGGGUUUUUCUUUGCAGGCGUUGACGGUGGAGAAGAAAAACAAAGUUGAAGCAGACGAGCCGUGACAUCUCAUUCUCACUCGAGGAGGACAAUCUCAGCCUUUGACAUUCAACGGUGCUUUUCUCCCUUUGUUUCGCUCAACAACGAGAAGGCGAAAGACUCCGAAAACAACAACAACAACAACAACAACAACAACAACGUUCAUUUGGGAAAAAGUCAAGUUGGCGUUUCGGCGAGUGCGCACUUUAAGGCGCGCCAUGCAACUUUAAGAUGUUGACAUUGUGGCUUUGACUUGCGUUCCCUUUGUUGGCGUGACGUCGUCAGCAUGUGUUGAAGCACCAUGGGGGCCAAACCCAGCAGCCCCGCCUAUGAUGGCAGAACCCGGGCUUAUUCCAGCUCAGACCUCCCGUCCGGGAACGCCAGCGGAGGGGAACGCUUUGCGGGCUUCAGGUACACCAACGGACCAGAGGGCCCCAGGAUCAGGUACACGGGCGCAGGGCCCGCCAGCUCAGGCCUGAGUAUCCCAGCUGGGGGCAGGUCAGGCUCAGAUGGCACAGAUGGUGAGGAUGAGGGCCACAGGUUGCUCAUAGGCUCUCUACCUGCUCAUCUGUCCCCUCGCCUGCUGACAGGUUUCCAUUGUCCCGUCUGCUCCAAGUUCAUGGCGUCUGAUGAAAUAGAGAAGCAUCUGCUCAUGUGUUUCAGCAAAUCGCGCCUUACCUACAACAAAGACAUCCUGUCCAGAGAUUCUGGUGAAUGUGCCAUCUGCUUAGAGGAGCUGGAGCAGGGAGACACCAUUGCCAGGCUCCCCUGCCUGUGUAUCUACCAUAAAGGAUGUAUAGAUGAGUGGUUUGAGGUGAAUCGCUCAUGUCCGGAACAUCCCUCCAACUAGCAAGAGUACAGCAAUCAAUCGACUGCACCUGACUUUAUAUCUUAACACUGUACGCUCCAGUGUUGUAGUAAUUAUGUUUGAAGACUUUAUAUCUUAACACUGUACGCUCCAGUGUUGUAGUAAUUAUGUUUGAAGACUUUAUAUCUUAACACUGUACGCUCCAGUGUUGUAGUAAUUAUGUUUGAAGAACUCAUCAGGGAUCGUGAAACAUGAUUGUGUUAGAAGAUUAUUCACGUGGCCUCGUGGGACAUGGGUGGAUUUAUCGGACGGAGGAUUUCAUGUCAUGGAUUGUCUGGAGAACUUCCGGGGGAGUCCGUUUAUGUGAAUGUUCUUUGGUCCCGCUCUGCAGGCUCCAGCCUUUCCCAAAGCUUGGAUCUCGUGGAAGUGUCUGCUAAACAGGGUGUGAUUUCUAUGGAUGUGUGUAUGGCAGAGUAAUGUGACACUUCUGGCGGCUGGACACUGAAAUACAGCCAUACAGAAUACAACAUGUCUAUAUCAGCUUUAAGGGAUGAUUAGUGUCCAUGGCAGUUGUAGCUUUUUCCACUAUUAAGACCGAAUUGUCUUAUCAUGAACUAGCCACAACACUGGUAAUCAUUUGGCUAUUCUGAACCACAUCCAUGAUGCAAUCGUGUAGCGUAGAAGUGGAAUUAAAAGUGAGUUAACAGUGAUUUGUACACUCUUGAAAGGAGUGCCAUAAUAUGCUGCUAUGUCAUAGACUGGAACGUUUCCUAUAACCUUUGGAUCUUUGUUCGGUGUCAUUUUGUAUUUGUACUGUGAUGAAUUGCACAACAAUAAAUGUUUUGUCAUUGU